AUGUCUGUGAACUUCAGGAUCUCUCCCUCUGGCCUACUUUGUAAGUCUUGUUACAAAUUUGCAGUUUUUUCUUCUUUACGUUCUAACUUGUGGAGAAUGUUUUGGAACAUAACAAGAAUCCAAUGCCACUGUACCUUGGGGAAAAGAAAAAAAUCACAACACUAGUGGCUAGAAAAACAGAGGUCAGAUUGCACGUUCUUCACUCGGAAAGAAAUCCUUCGGUUGCAUGGCCGAUACCAUGAAAUGGCACCAAACGUUGUGCCCAUGGACUAUACAAAGGACCCAGAUGUUAAACUACCUAUGCAGCUUAUAAUAAACAUGCCUGAGCUAAAGGAGAAUCCCUUCAAGGAAAGGAUUGUGGAAUCUUUCUCAGAAGAUGGAGAGGGGAGCCUCAGCUUCAAUGAUUUUGUGGAUAUGUUCUCUGUGCUCAGUGAAAUGGCUCCCAGAGAGCUUAAAGCAAUCUAUGCCUUUAAGAUUUAUGAUUUUAACACAGAUAACUUCAUUUGUAAAUCAGACUUGGAAAAAACCCUCAAUAAGCUGACCCGAGAAGAGCUAACAGCAGAAGAAAUCACUCUAGUUUGCGAGAAAGUGAUAGAAGAAGCUGACAUGGAUGGUGAUGGGAAACUAGGAUUUGCAGAUUUUGAAAACAUGAUUUCCAAAGCACCGGACUUUCUCAGUACUUUCCACAUAAGAAUCUGAAGAUGUUUCUGUGAGCCAGUGUUAUCAGAAAUGACUUGCCAGUCCAGCCUUUCUGAAUCUCAGGCGCUUUGGGGGCUUUUGUCCUCUAAUUAUGGCUUCUUAGAACUCAGCAGAAAGUACUGAAAUAGUUCCGGUCCACAAAGAGACAGAAGCAUCAUGUGAUCUACAGGAUAUUUGGAACAGUCACAUUUUUAUCUUCACUGCUGGCCAAGCACUCUGGCAAAGAUGGUUGGUUGUCGGG